AUAUCUCCAGAAGAAGAUGAGGAGCUGCCUCUGUUGAAAAGGGUAUGGCAGGAGAGCAAAGUGAUGUGGGUAGUAGCAGCUCCGGCCAUAUUCACUCGAGCCUCUACCUUCGGCAUCAACGUCACGAGUCAAGCUUUUGUUGGUCAUAUUGGCUCCAAGGAGCUUGCUGCCUUCGCUCUCGUCUUCACUGUUCUUAUCAGAUUCGCCAAUGGUGUUCUGUUCGGGAUGGCCAGUGCAUUAUCCACUCUGUGUGGACAAGCGUAUGGUGCCGGAAGAUAUGGCAUGAUGGGAGUGUACCUUCAACGAUCAUGGAUUGUCUUAUACUUCACUUCUUUCCUUCUUCUUCCCCUGUUCUUCUUCACUACCCCAAUCAUGAGGAUGUUGGGCCAAGAUGAAAGCAUUGCAGAUGUCGCAGGAACUAUUUCUCUCUGGUCCAUCGCCGUUGUUUUUGCCUAUGUUUUGUCAUUCACCUUCCAGACUUUCUUGCAAUCUCAAAGCAAGAACGUCAUUAUAUCAUUCUUGGCUGCUUUCUCCAUCGCUAUUCACAUAUCGCUGUCGUGGCUUUUGACUAUAAAGUACAAGCUCGGGAUACCUGGUGCAAUGAUUUCAACAAUUCUUGCAUAUUGGAUCCCCAACAUUGGGCAAUUUAUAUUUGUCACAUGUGGUUGGUGUCCUGAAACCUGGAAUGGCUUCUCCUUUUUGGCGUUUAAGGAUCUGUGGCCUGUGGUCAAGCUCUCUCUUUCGUCAGGUGCCAUGCUGUGUUUAGAGCUCUGGUAUAACACAAUAUUGGUUCUAUUAACUGGUAGCAUGAAAAAUGCAGAGGUUGAAAUUGACGCUCUUUCUAUAUGCCUCAACAUCAAUGGAUGGGAAAUGAUGGUAUCCUUUGGCUUUCUGGCUGCAGCAAGUGUUAGAGUGUCAAAUGAGCUUGGGAGAGGGAGCGCCAAGGCUGCGAAGCUCUCAAUAGUAGUGACGGUGGUGACAUCAUUCACUAUAGGGUUCCUUCUGUUCUUAUUCUUCCUGUUCUAUAGGGAACGGCUUGCUUAUAUAUUCACAGCAAAUGAACAAGUGGCGGCUGCAGUUGGAGACUUGUCCCCUUUGCUGGCAUUCUCCAUUUUGCUAAACAGUGUUCAACCUGUUCUUUCUGGGGUUGCUGUAGGAGCAGGGUGGCAAAGCAUCGUGGCAUAUGUGAACAUAGGAUGCUAUUACAUCAUAGGAAUCCCGGUCGGAGUUGUACUCAGCAACUUUCUCCAUUUGCAAGUCAAGGGAAUCUGGAUUGGGAUGUUAUUAGGGACACUGGUUCAGACAAUAGUGCUGACAAUUAUUACCUACAAAACUGAUUGGGACGAGCAGGUAGUAUUGGCUCGACGUCGCGUUAAUAAGUUUUCUGUGGAAGACGAUGAAGAAACAGACACGAUCACAUCUGAUGAUGCAUGAUUGGUAUUAUAUAUGACACAUCCCAGUGCGCAGCACCAAAUAAAGUGGACGCUUUCCAUAUAACAUAUGCCACAAGUGUGAUACACACAGAGAUGUUAUCGUGAUCAAUGGAAAUAACAUGGGAUUUGAAACGUACGUUGAGAGUAUCUCAAUUACAAGGAAAUAACAGAUCGCAGUACCUCAGAUGGUGAGCAUGAGUGGAGAGUACAGAUCAAUGAGAGACUCAAAAAGUGCCUAGAAAAAGAAAAGACAUGACCACGUGCCCUGGUUAGGAGCAUGGGCCACGAAUA